AUGUACCCCUCUCCUGCUCCUACUUCAAUCCUCGUAAAUAACUCGACUCGCCUCAUACGACCCAAUACAAUACCACGUAUUCCACCCUCACCUAUAUAUACUACUUGCUCUACAUCAAUAAUCAGACAGAAAAGAAUGUUUGCUCUCUCAGCUCAUAGACGCGAUCAACCCAAGACAUUCUCCAACCAAUCGAAAUUACCUAGAUUACCUGUACCAGAUUUGGAAAAGAGCUUGGAAGGGUAUUUGAAGAGUCUCGGACCAAUAUUGGGACAGAAUUAUGACGCCUCGGCCUUACCAAACGAAAUUGAGAAACGUAAAUUGUUUGCUAAAGAUUUCGCAGCUCCUGGUGGAUUGGGUAGAACCUUACAGGAAAGAUUGAAAGAUCUCGAUCACGUCUCACCGAAUAAUUGGCUCAACGAUACUCUCUGGCUCGGACUGGCUUAUCAUACCUGGCGAGCACCAUUACUAGUCAAUUCAAAUUGGUGGUUACUCUUUGCUCCUGAUCCUUCUGACCCCACUCCGCCUAUCGCAUCCGGCUCACUUUCCAAGGUAGAAGUGCCCGAUCCAAAUUCGAAUCCGAAAGAAGCUGCCUCGGCGGGAAGUCAGCGAGGUGGACAAGAUUGGAUAGAUAAUCAGAAGGGGGAAUUCGAUGGGCCGGUGGAAUGGGAGAAAGUGGUUAAGAGAGAAUGGAUAAGUGAUUGGCAGAUUCGAAAAGCCGCUUGGCUAGCUAGGAGGUUUGCCGAGUUUAGGACGAAGCUCCUCAAAGAAGAGAUCUUGCCGGACUCUUCGAAAGCCGGGCCUUUUGACAUGCACCAGUAUUCUCGAAUGUUCAAUCUUUCUCGGAUACCUCUACCGAACAGUGAUGCCUUUUCAGCAGUCGACAACAAAGCUACUCAUCUCACAUUGAUGGUUGAUGAUUAUAUAUACUCCAUUGAUAUCUUCUCACCUCCUCCAAUUGAUGGUGUACCUGAACCUUUGUCUCCUUCGGAGAUUGAGCAGAGGUUCAAAGCUGCCGUGAAUGAUGCUAAGAAGCGUAAGGACGGCGGAGAAAGAGCCGAUCAAAUUGGCGUAUUGACCGCUGACGAGAGAGAUAACUGGACAAAGAAUCGUGAACAUCUUCUGCUCCUCUCACCAAAUAAUCGAUCAACCUUCAACUCAAUCUCUUCUUCCCUUAUCGUCCUUUCUCUCGACCCGUACACUCUACCUUCCAUCCCGUCUGUUGAUCCCCUCCGACUACCCUCUGUAGACGCACAAGUACGUAACACCGCCUCUGGGAUUGAUGGUGCCGGUAAUAGAUGGUUUGAUAAAGCUGUAUCGGUCAUGGUCGAGACAAAUGGCAGAGCGGGAAUUAUGGGUGAACAUUCCCCUGUGGACGCGCUUAUUCCAUCAAUCGUAGGGGAAUAUGUUCUGGCUUCUCCGGUAGAUCACUCCCGAUUCACUUCCGGAUCUAGCUCGAGUACUGUGGAUGGUUGGAAUAAGCUGGAUUGGGUAGUUGAUGAGGGAAUCACGAAAGAGAUAGAAGGAUGUAAAGAGAGAAAUCAGAAAUUGAUAGAUGAUUCCGAUGCGAGUCAGUUGUGGUGGAACGAAUAUGGUGCGGAAUGGAUCAAGGCUGUUGCCAAACAGUCACCUGAUGCGUAUAUUCAACAAGCCCUUCAAUUAGCAUGGUACAAAGAUCAAGGAUAUGCCACUGCUACUUAUGAGACGGCAUCGACUCGGAUGAUGUUACAUGGUAGGACCGAUGUCAUUAGGAGUCUGAGUAGUGAAAGCAGGAGUUUCGUAAAGAGUAUGCUCGACGAGAAGACUAAUGAUUCAAAACGAUACUCGCUAUUGACCGAAGCAUGUAGAGCCCACAAUUUCCUUACUCGCCAGUCAUCCCAAGGAAACGGAUAUGAUCGACAUCUAAUGGGAUUGAAAGUCCAUCUGAGGCCUGGUGAGAGUCAUGCACUGUACGAUGAUGAGAUAUACGCCAAGUCGCAGGAAUGGAAAUUAUCCACUUCAGGAUUGAGUGCGGGUGGGAAGUUCAUGGGGACGGGAUUCGGUGCUGCUUGGCCUGAUGGGUAUGGUAUCAAUUAUCUCGCUGGUCCAUACCUCGUCAAAUUCGGUAUUGAAUCGAAGUUCUCAUGCGACAAAACUUCCACACAAAGAUUCAAGCAUAACAUCGUACAGGCGUUGAGAGAUAUGAGGAGGGUAUGUGAGGCGGCAGGAGAGGAGAGUAGAGCGAGAUUAUGA